AAAAAUAAUAUCUUGCUCAACAGCAAAAUGUUUCCAUAGGAAGUUUCGGGUUGACUAUAAAUGCAGGCUUAUAAGUUUCUAUUAUUAAAUUAAGGGUUAAGACGGGAAGAAAUAAGUAGCUCAAAGCCUUACUGCUAGUUUAUAGCUUCAACGUGAGUAAAAGUUAUCAUAAAACAUGAAAGUAAUUUCUACGUGUGAGAGAGAGUUUGUAAUAAAGUGUAUUGCUACGAAUAGUCGAUUGGAUGGACGUAGUCUGUCGGAAGGUCGCUCGAUGGAAAUAAUAUUUGGAGAAGAAUGGGGUUGUUGUUUGGUUGCAUUAGGAAGUACUCAAAUUCUUGCACAAGUAAGUGCCGAAGUGGUUGAACCCAAGUCUGGAAGUCCGACCGAAGGAGCUUUGUAUAUCAAUGUAGAAAUCUCUGCCAUGUCCUCUCCUGAUAUUCAGUAUCAAUCUCGAAUGUCUGACGAAAAUGUGAAAUUGCAGCGAAUUCUCGAGCGCUGCAUCCGAGACAGUAAGUGCAUCGAUUUAGAAUCCCUUUGCAUUGUCGCUGGCUCUAAAGUGUGGACCAUUCGCGUUGAUAUUCACGCACUAAACAAUGAUGGCAAUCUAGUCGAAUGUGCCAGUCUAGCUGCCAUUUCUGCCCUGGCGCAUUUUAAGCGACCUGACGUCACCGUCAUCGGCACUGAAGUGUCUAUUUAUUCUUUAGAGGAGCGGGAACCGGUUGCCCUCAAUCUACAUCACAUGCCGAUCUGCAUCAAUCUCGCAUUGUUUGCCGAUCGCAUCGUCACGGAUCCCUCGAACGUCGAAGAAAGAAUUGCGGAUGGAUGUUACGUCGUGUGUGUGAAUGCCCAUCAAGAAAUCUGCCUGAUUCAUAGAAUCGGGGCCCUGCUUCUUUCGUCCGACACAAUUCAGAAGUGCGAGGAUGUAGGGCUGAAGCGAUCGCAGGCUUUGACCCAGGAAAUACGUAAAGCCCUAGACGACGAUGCGUACAAGAGGGCGACGAAAGCCGCCAUCGGUUUUCUGAACAGGAUCCAGUCGUCCACCAUUCUGGGUACGAGGUUACCCGUCAUGAAAACAAAUCUUAGCGACAUUAUCAAAGAAACUGAAAAGGAUGUCACUGUGACUGCGACACUGUCAUCUGCCAUUCCACCUAAAACGUACCCGCCAGCCGUGUCAAAGGCUGGUCUGAAAGCCAAAAAAAUUCUGCAAGAAACAGAAUUAUCUGUUUUUGAGGGUGGAGCGAGCAAGUGGACAAACAUUGAUGAUGAUGAUGAUAGCACUGACGACGAGAUAUUCCUCGCUGAUAAUGCAGCGACUCCCCUGGUGAAGGAGAGGGAACUGUCGAGUGAAGACGAAGCAGUCAGUGUUUCUGUCGAUCAUCUCGACAUUAAACCUACGGCCACUAAUACCCGUACUUGGUAUUCUAAAGAUCCUUUUCGUUAGACUAAUUAAUUCUGUUUCAAAUAAAAAAUUCUAUUGCAAUAUA